AUGAAUUGGCCAAGUGUGCUAGCCGCCUUCUGGAGCAAUUUCGCUUGGAGCGCUGGAAUGAUUUACAGCGAGUCAAUGCAGAAUAGCAUCAACCAGCUGAUCGGAUCCAACAAAGGCAACACCAGCAUCGUCGGAGCAGCAAGUUCAGGGGCCUCUGCAAAUGAUCUUGGUGGCGGCUAUUCGAUAUCCCAGAUUUACAAACGAGCAAGCCUUGAUAUUUCCCGCCGGUAUCUAGAGUCCCUCGAUCACCAGUGGAACAUGCUAAGGACCAGAGAGCUUGAAAGUCAUAUUGCCAAGCGGGCCGCCUCCAAUUCAUCCAGCGCUUCACCGUGGUACGGGAAUCCUAUUAAGCCAGGCUUACCGAUUCCGGGCAACUUUUCUGGCUUUGCGGGCACCUUGUCUGAGCAGGGCAUUCCAGCAUCGAACGCUUUCAUGACCGGCCUACUCUGGCUUCUGAUCCUCAUAGCCCUCAUUACUGCUUCAGUGGUUGCGUUCAAAUGGAUCCUCGAAGGAUUAGGCAAGGCGAAUCUUGUCAAGACGGAAAGACUUGCACACUUCAGAGAUCAUUGGCUUCUGUACGCUGCACAAGCCGCUCUCCGCACGAUGUUCACUGCGUUUUUUAUGAUGAUCUUCCUGACGCUAUUUGAAUUGACCUACAAAGGCUCCGCUGGCGUUACCGCUAUUGCCGCUCUGGUGUUCACCGUCUUUUUCGUGAGCAUGCUGGGCAUAGCUGGUUAUGCUUGCUUCUACCGCCUUCGAUUGGGCCGCUACGAAACAGUGCCGGACAGAGUGCACUUCCAAAAGAUUAAGGCGAUCGGUCCCAUUCCAUGGUAUGGGCUCAAGCUUGAGAGUCAUAGAUUCGAAAAAUCCGAACCAACCGUCUCCGCCGGAUCAGUACCAUGGUGGAGAAUUCGUUUUGUCAACGAAGACCCUCAGCGAGUUGGGGUCCACCAAGACAAAGACUACACCAUGCGCUUUGGUUGGCUAGCUGCACGCUUCCGGCGGACGAGGUGGUGGUUCUUUGCCGUUUGGUUGGUAUAUGAAUUUGUCCGAGCAUGCUUCUACGGAGGUGCUGCUGGCCAUGCAUUGACUCAAGUUUUCGGCCUGCUUGUGGUGGAGAUCAUCGCCUUGGUCGUCAUAGUCCUGAUGAGGCCUUUUGAGGGGGCUCGACUCAAUGCUCUGAUGGUUUAUCUCCUUGGAUUCAGCAAGGUUGCCACAGUUGCGCUUUCCGCAGCCUUUGAUGCUCGAUUCAACCUGCAACGCAUAACAACUACUGCCAUUGGUAUUGUAAUCAUCGUCAUACAAGGUGUCCUCGCCAUUGUAUUGAUGAUCGCAAUUGUCAUCGGCGCCAUAUCAAGCUACAUGUCUCUCACUCGCAACCAUGAGAACUUCAAGCCUCAGAAACUGGAAAAGAUUCGGCAACGCUACUUUGCUCACCUGGAGAAGACAGCUCCGGAUGUUCCCCCACCUCCCCCACCGCCUCCACCGCCUCCGGAAGAGCCCAAAGGGCCUUACUUUAACGUUACUUCUGUUCGUCGUGAGCCCAAGAUCGAGGAUGAAGAUGAAAACUACAUCGGAAGCAUCCAUAAUCCCCUCGGCUCUCGUGUCUCCGUUGCUCGCCCAGCCACCGCCCGGGCUAGCCGAGCAAAUAGUAUGCGGUCACAGCUCGAGAGCCCGUACACGAAUGCUCCGUUCGGAGCGCGCGUGCACCGGGCCAGCUGGAGUUCUCGCGAUUUCAAUGCACAUUACGACCCCAGCAACAACAAAGACUCUGCCCUUGACUACAGUACCCGUAGUUCCCGAUUCUGGAGUUCUUCGGGUAUUGAAACCAAGGCCAGCGAUGGAAGCUUAAGAGAAAGCUCGUCGCGAAGAGUGAAGACGCCCUUGAACAACGGUGAGGGCGGGUUGGAAGUUCGAAAAAGAAAUGGGAAGGAGAGAGACGAUGUCCUUACAGAGGAGAGGCACAGCGAAGAGCAGCUGGAUUCACGUGAUUGA